UCGAGUGUUCAGCAUUUUCCACAGAGCCAGAGCUGAAAGACAGUAAAAAGGGAAGAAUGAGCCUUUAUUUCUUCAGUUAGUCGACUGACUACAGUGUGGACCUAAACUUUACACUUUGGUUACACUGAAGUGUUGCUGUUUGUAAAGUGUAAAGUCUGAAGUGUAAAGUGUUCUGUCUUGCAGAAGAAAAAGAAGAAAAUGGCAUUCAUGGUGAAGCACAUGAUAGGGGGGCAGCUGAAGGAUCUCACCGGGGGUCUUGGGGAGGAAAAGGCUGAAGGUGAGAAGUCCGAGGCUGCAGCCAAGGGGAUGACACAGGAGGAGUUUGAGCAGUACCAACAGCAGCUGGCGGAGGAGAAGUUGGAGCGAGAUGCCAGCUUUGCUCAGAAGAAAGCAGAGAGGGCCACAGUCAGGAGCCACUUCAGAGAGAAGUACAGACUGCCAAAGAGUGAGCUGGAUGAUACGCAGAUCCAGGCUGCCAAUAAGGAUGUGGAGCUGCCCACUGAGCUGGCAAAGAUGAUCGCUGAAGACAACCAGGAGGAAGAGCAGAAACAGUCCGUCCUUGGUCAACUGGCCAACAUCCAGAAUGUUGAUGUGGACCAGCUGAAGGACAAAGCACAGGCCACCCUUGAAGACCUCAAACAGUCAGCUGAAAAGUGUGAAGUCAUGUGAUUUAGAUCCAUAAACACAAGCCUCAGGGUGAGAGAGCUGAUCCAGGAUCGGAUUUUUCUCAUAGUUCUCUUGGUCAUAACAAUUAAACAUAAACAGAUACAGAAACAGCACAUUCCAAAUAAACACAAAUAAAUUCAGUGAAACAAUGUUCAUGUUGUAUCAUCUGACAGUAAAGCACAUAUUCCCCUAAAAGGAAAAAGUCAUAAUAACUUCAUAAGCGUUUUCUUCCUUAAUGCACUUGUAAUAACCUGCUCUUUAUUGUGCUUGUUUUGUGUCCUCCAACAGUCUAUACAUAAACAUGUUAAAAGAGUUCCACCUUCUGUUUUUUUGUAUAAUAUGUAUAUGAAUUAUAUAUGUAUAUUCUUUAUGUCAUUUAUUAUGUCAUUUGUUAUGCUUCUUUGUUCUUUGUAAUAUCAGUUUAGUAAGCUAACUGCUGAAAGAAGAAAG